GAAAUAAGCUGUCUUAACUCAACCUGACUGCCAGAAGCUUGAUGGAGAACUACACCUACAACAGUCCUACACUCCAGCUGGAGGGCUUGAAGGUCAAAGAUGAUUCUGUACGCCUCGUCUUUUUCCUGUUUCUGUUUUCCUACAUAAUUUUUAUGAUCAUGAAUCUGGGUAUUUUAACAAUCAUUUGCAUUGUAAAGAGCCUUCAUCAGCCCAUGUAUGUGCUGUUUUGUAACCUAACCAUCAGUGAUAUUAUAGGAAGUACUCACAUUUUACCCCGUCUGCUGUCAGACAUGUUACUGCCCCCUUCUGAGCGUCUCAUCAGUUAUUAUGAAUGCGUGAUUCAAGCUUUUAUAACACACAUGUUCGGCACCACUUCACACACUGUGCUGAUGGUUAUGGCGUUUGACAGAUAUGUGGCCAUCUGUCAACCUCUGUACUACAGCACAAUAAUGACCGGCAGAAUGAUUGUAAAGCUGAUAGUGUUUUCCUGGGGGGUACCCUUCGUUUUGGUUGUGAUUCUGCUGGGCCUGACUGUAAGGCUGAACCGAUGCCGGACUCUCAUCACCAACCCUUUCUGUGACAAUGCCUCACUAUUUAAGCUCUCCUGUGAGAGUGUGGUUUUUAAUAACAUCUUUGGUCUGUCUUUCACUGUGCUGCUGUUUGUAUCGUCUAUUGGCUGCAUGGUUCUCACCUAUGGUAAGAUCACGGCAGUCUGUUUGGCUACUAAGAACAAAACACUGAACAGUAAAGCGAUGAAGACCUGCAGCACUCAUCUGGUUGUGUAUCUCAUUAUGUCACUGAGUGGCAUUACGUUUAUUGUUCUCCAUCGGUUCCCUCAAUAUUCAGACUACAGAAAACUCUCUGCCAUUCUGUUUGUUAUUGUGCCAGGCAGCCUGAACCCUAUUAUUUAUGGUUUACAGUCCAAAGAAAUAAGAAGUUUCUUAUACAAACUACUUCUUUCUCGAAAAUGUUUGCCAUCAUGUGAAACUAAAUCCUUGAUUAAACCUUGGAAAGAUUUUUGAAAUAAAUGUUAUUAAACAUCAGCAAACAUGCAUUUGUGUAAUAAAUACACCUUUGCACGAAGAGUUCAUGUACAAUUGUUAAUUCAAUCAAAUUUUAUUUACCAAUUUUAGAACCAAUUCACAACACAUGUUAUAUCAAGGCUCUUUUUAAAGUAAAUUCAAUCAAAUCCUCCAGUCAUGUUGGUUGAACAUUUUCUCACUAAGGAAACCCAGCAGGUUGCAUCCAGUCAUUGACUUGCAGCAUUCAGUGUUCCUGGAUGAGCCUUGAGCCACAGUGGACAGUCACUGGCAUUGAGUUGUUGACUUUGCAGUAAUCCUUCAUACCAAGCAUGCAU